AUGGCUACCCCCCACCCUCCCAUGAGCCAAUUACUUCAGGCUGUGGGUGCUUCGUCCGUGUCUGAUCCCCUGGAGCAGCUGAAGGCUGCCCUGAGCGCCGGGCAGGUGCAGGGCGCGUCAUUCAAGCGCGCCCGGGUGGAGGAGCUUGCUGCAUCGGCAGAGCAGCAGGGCUUAGGCCGAUGGCACCACUCCGGCGCCCCGCCCCCGCCCCCCCCUCCCGCCCUGCUGAGCGGCAACGGCGGCCAGGGCUUCCACAACUCCGGCUCCGAGUCGCCCGAGGGCGAGGACGACAGCGCCAUGCAGCGCACCGGCAGCGGCCCCGCAGACCGCACUCAGGCCACCAAGGACAAGAACCGCAAGGCGCAGCAGCGCUUCCGCCUGCGCCAGAAGGAGAAGAUGCAGGCCAUGGAGGCGGAGAACGUGCGCCUGCGCGCGCUGCUGGCCGAGCACGCCAUCCCGCUGCCCCCGCCCCCGCGGCGCUGCUCAGCGGCGGCGGCGGCACGGGCGGCGGCGGGGAGGCCGGCGCGGCGCCGCGCAGCGCGCCCGGCCCGGCCUCCGUGUCGGCCAUGUACGACGAGGUGGAGGGCGUGCUGGACGCGACCCCGGGCAUCCCCCCCCGCGCCCUGGUCUCCUACCUCCAGGCCUGGGCCCGGGACCUGA